AUGUCUUCUUACAAACAAGCUGGUAUCUCCUUGAACAAGGCAUUGUCCAUUGCCGCUCAAACCCUCAGAAACUCCUUAAAGGCUGAAUUCAAGGUUGCCGCUGAGAAGAGAGGUUUCACCGAGGCUAAGGCUGUCAAGUUCGAGAACGGUGUUGCUUCUGAGCCAAAGACCUUGGGCAACUAA